GAUGGCGAAUUUCUGCUCAGUCGGCGUUGCCUCGGUCAGUAGUCAACACGUUCUCCUUCACAGGACCCCGUUUCUCCCUCCGUUUCGAUUCGAGUAUUCGUUUUCUGAUCAAAAGUAAGUGCGCGCGUGUGGUUCGUGUGUGUAUACAUGUGCCAUCAUCCGCGUGAGCGAUAAGCGGGAGAGAAGAGGACUCGGGCCAACAGAAGCCGGAACCAAAAAAUGGAUGCGACGUCACUGCGACUCAUUUCCGGACUGCUUUUGUUCGCCUAUACCGCCUCACACUUCAGUCACGCCAACAAUGGACCCAAUUAUUACGGGAAAUUUAUCGGAAAACUGAAGAACUACGCGCACGGAAUCAAGGGGGACGUAUACGCAGUGGACGACACGACGAUAUUCAUAAAAGGAUUCUGCUACGAUGGGACCGGACCGGACGCGUAUUUCUGGGUGGGGAACACCUCAACGCCCACGCCACAGGGAUACAUCGUCCCGUAUCCGGAAAUGGAGAAGAUCAGGGACCCGGUGGUGCUCCAAUCGUACAACUACACAGACAUCAUUCUGAAGCUGCCUGACGGGAAACGGAUACGGGACAUCAAAUGGCUGAGCGUUUGGUGUCGUCGAUUCACAGUGAAUUUCGGCGACGUUUUCAUCCCGGCAAAUUUAAAAGUGCCGAAGGCAAGAGUGCUGCCAGAAUUCUCGAGGCUGGCCCACGGCCUCCGUAGCGGGAACAUCACCAUUCUAGAUAGCAAAACAUUUUACAUACCGAAUCUUCAUUACGAUGGUGCCGGGCCGGACGCGUAUUUCUGGGUUGGGAACGGUUCAGAGCCGACCACGUUCGGCAUCAAAGUGCCAAACGAGAGGAAAAGUUUGGCACCAUUGAAGGGGUAUCAAGGUGAGGACAUCGAAAUCGUUUUGCCGGGGAACUUGACGGUGCACGACAUUGACUGGUUGUCGGUAUGGUGCGUGCAAUACAAGCACAACUUCGGGCACGUACUGAUACCCAAGGACCUCGAUGUUCCGCCCGCUCUUGGACAGACCAAAAUUACGCCGCCUUGGUGGUACGAUCCUACAAGCAGUACACCGUCACCGCCCCUGUCCAAACACGAGUUGACCAAUUGCAAGGAAAUGCUGGAGGGUCGUGUACAAGUCCAGUGGGAGAUGAUAGGAGACGACAUUCAGAUCAGAGUGUCCGGCCGGAUCAGGGAGGACCAGUACGUUGCGUUCGGUUUAUCCGGCCGAGAGGGAAAGUCGGAGAUGAUCGGUGGGGAUGUGGUGGUGGUCGCUUACAACAACAGGACCGAUAAAUUCAUCGCCGAGGACUAUUACAUGUCGGAUUACGCGCAGUGUGACGGGAAUAAGGGUGUGUGCCCGGACGAAAGGAUUGGAGGGAAGAACGACGCCGUUCUUGUGCAUGGAGAACGAAAGAACGGAGUGACGACAGUUACUUAUAUGAGGCCGAUGAGCACGAACGAGCCAGUGAAGGACAAAAUGAUCCCGAACACUGAGACGAGCGUGAUCGCUGCAAUAGGGCCUCUGAAUUUGAGAGGAGAAGCGAAUGCUCAUCAAAGCUUCGACAAGACGACCGAGGACAUCCGUAUUGAUUUUACGUCGAGAAAUGUGCACGAGUGUACAAAUUCCCUCUACAAUCUCCCGGACAUGUCUGACAUCAAACCCUGGCCCGUAGCCGUGAUCACCAACGAAACUAUGUUCAGUGCUAGGAUCGGGCCUGCCGGUGGGAAAAGGGGAUACACGAGAAUUACAGGACAACCUGCUUGGGGAAUCGCGUGGUACAUCAACGACUUGCUCAUCCCAGAAAUCACGGUGGAGAGAGGACAAACGUACACGUUCAUAGUGGAGGGCGGAAACGAUCCAACUAAUCCAGCCAGGUACCAUCCAUUUUACAUCACCAACAGUCCAGAGGGUGGAUUUGGCCAAAAAACUGAGGAUGAACGAAAGGGGCAAAGAGUGUUCGCAGGAGUAAAGUACGAGGAUGGAUAUCCUCAUCCAACUGCGGCCGGCCGCUAUUGCGAAUGGGUUCACAAGACGGUAGAUAUGAGUGCGGAUAUGGAGACUUUUGAAAACUUCUUUGAAACUCUUAGACUCGAGUGUGACAAGGGUGAACCGGCGAAACUUGUUUGGACCGUGACCGAGGACACUCCAGAUUUAGUUUAUUAUCAGUGUUACACGCACAAUAAUUUGGGCUGGAAAAUACACGUUGUCAACAGCGCACACACGGCCGUAUUGUCGAUGGUCACGACGACAUUUGUCGUUGGCAUGUUAAAAUUCGUAAGAUGAAUUAACCUUCAAAUAUCGUCUGGCGGGAAAUACGCGGGAACGUGGCGAGGUUUGAAAUUGAAACAAGCGAAAGGUGGAAAUCGAAUAAGAAGAAGAAUAAAAUUCGCGUAAAAUAAAAGAUGGUGAUAAAACAAAAAAAGAAAAAAAAGGAAAAAAACAAAAACAAAAAGCGAUUGUUAAAAAAUCUGCUGAACAUGAUACAAGGUUGUAAGAAAGUAUUUAGCUCGUAAGGUUUAAUCGUACGUAAAAGAUUAGCAGAAUAUUUUUAAGAUCUAUCAGAUUCAAUAUUUCAUACUAUACUAUACUAAAUAUAUAUAUGUAUAUGUACAUGUAUAUUUAUAUAUACAAAUACAUAUAAAUAUAUAUAUAUAUAUUAUAUAUACAUAUACAUAAAUACAUAUUAACACGGCACUUGAGGAGAACGAGAUUCGAGGUGAUUUUUAACGUUUAAGAAUUUAAGAGACUACUUAGGAAAAAGGAGAGGAAGAAUAAUUUCUGACAAUAAUAAUAAUAAUAAAUUCGGGAUCGGGGUAUAUAUAUAUAUAUAAACGUAAAUAAUUUCCGACAAUAACUUGUGAACUUGUGUUAUUUAUCAUGGGAUGGGAGGGAUAUAAUUUAAAAUCAAAGAGAAUUUCUCGAUCGGUAUGAUCGAUGUAUAUCGGUGAUAAACGAAAGAACGGGGGGAGGGGGGGGAGGGAAGUAUCCGUGGUACAUGUACAAUGUAAAUUUUGCACAAAGCUAUAGUUGAGUAUAAUGUAACAUUAAAAAUCGAGUAGCACUUAAGAUAUACAUUUAUAAAUGCUGUCGACUUGACAAUAAUACGUAGGGUAGUGAACGAUGAAGGAAUCGCUGAAGAAUAAAAAUAAAUAAAUAAAUAAAUAAAUAAAUAAAACGAGAAAAUAUGUACAAGGUAUCGUCAGAUCAUUAUAUAAGUUAAGGGUGAUACAAUUACAAAAAAACUAUCCCUUAUACGUGUAACAAUGCUAUAAUAUGUACAUAUACUAUAGAGUGGACCUUCCUAAAACGGAAUGAAAGUAUAAAAUGUGCCUUGGGUACAGAUAAUAAACUUCUCUAAUUACACGAAUUAGGAACCACUCGGACAAAUGAUACCCUGUAAUACUUAGGAGCUGGUUUCUUGCGCUUUGAAUCGUAAGUAUCGUGAAAGUUACGAAAGUAAGGAAAGUAAAAAUAUCCCAUUUUAUAAAUCAAGUAGAACGAUAUAACUUGGAGAAGAUUUAAAAAAAAAGAAAUACACGUAUUCACAAGAGACGUACAAACAACCGAGCGCAAGAGAUGAGAAAUCGUGCAACCAAGAAAUCAGAAAAAUACAUAAUCACUUUAGAAAACGUAGAGAUUAACGAAAAGUAGGAAAAAAAAAAAGAAAAAAAAAGAUAUAUCUCUUUUUAAAUAAAUGAAUGUAAAAAAUUAUGCAAUACUCAGAUUCUAAGUAACAGGGUGUCCUCAAAAUUGCUAGCAGCGAACACAAAAUUCUUUGCAAUUUCGAUUGCUUAUCGCACGAAGACCAGCCUGUAUUUAAUUGCAUACAUACCUAACAUAAACAUUAUAUAUAUACAAACAUAUAUAUAUAUAUAUAUACAUAUAUUAAACAUGCAUACAUUACAUAUGAAACAAAAUUCGAAAAUUUACAUCGUUUUAGCUGCCAACGUUGUUCAAUUUGUAUUCGUAAUUUAUUGUAAGCGAUAACCACUUGAUAGUUGGAUAAAAGAUCUAGCAUUAUUUAUACCGUUUCCCUCUCCUUUCGAGUUACGACGAUCGAAAGAUCGAUCCCUCUUCAAAUAUUACUCGUGAAAAGAAGCGACGAAUACAUUGGACAUCGUUGCCCCAGCUUUUACGUGAGAGAGACGAAGAAAAGAAUAGAAAAAAAAACAGCGUUAAGGAUAACGUGUUACACGCGUUCGUAAAGUUAAUCAAAGCGACAAUAAGGCGAAAUCGAUCCGACGAACGUUUGGAUCCAAUUAAUUCCGGCAAUACUCGACGACGAUCCUUCAGAGGAUUAUUCCACAUAAUUUUCUUCGCGUCUGCAUGCCUUAGAGUAACGCAUCCUUCGUCGCCAUUUUUCUUUCUUCUGUUAUUCUUCUCUCCUCUAUUAUCCUUAUCUUUUAAGUUGUUAUCCUUUUCUUCUCCAAGCGAGUCCUUCGAGAGGGCGAGGCGGAUUGUAACGAUGUAAGCGGAUAUAAAACUCCUACUUCUGUGGAAGACAAUAAUGACGAGCGACUUGGCGAAAUCAAAGAUUCGAGAGGGCUGCUCCGAGCGGUUUUUUCCACUGGCGAGUCGAGCGGAGGAAAGUAGCAUUUCGAAAAGAAAAAAAGGAAAAAAAGAAAAUCCGACUCAUCGAAACUUCGCUGUCCCGCGUUUCUCGAGACUUUCGAGACAAUAAAGGUGUAUCUUCUAUAAGGUUAUCGAUAUUCGACAAUAAAAAAUGUUACUCCGACAAUAAAAUACGAUUGAUCAAAGAGUUCUAUAUUUUAUAGACGGAGAUGGUGGAACGUAUCCAAGCAAUAACUUAAACCAAGAGACACUACGAAAUCUCGAAACUUUUUCUUAUUUUAAUUGAUUCGAAACUUAAAUAAUAAUUAUUACAAAUCAUUGAAUUUAGAUUUAGUUUAAUUAAUCAAAAACAAAAUUCAAAUCAAAAACAAAUUUGACCAAUUGUUUAUUUGAGAGAAGAAUUUCGAGAUUUAUUAAAAAUUUAAUUCUUCACGAAAGGAUUCUUCUUAAAACAAAGAAAAAAAAAAGAAGAAGAAUAAAUAUAUUUCAGAAAAUUUCUAAGAUCUAAGAUAAAAGUCUUUGGUUUAAACCUUUGACAAUAUUUAUGGAUACGCUUUACCAAUCUUAAUUUUGAAACGAUUUGGACAAUAAAUUACGAUCGUUUUAAAUCGUUAUUACGAUCGUUAAGUGAUCAGGUCGAGCGUUAACGCGGCUAUUUUGACAAUGGUUGCAACAGGGAAACGCAGGACAGCAGGUGUUAUUUGUUAGGAGACAAACGUGUAUCUGUACGGAUCAAUUAUUCGAGGUGUAAGUGUACAAAGAAAAAAAUUAAAUGGCGUACAGUUCCGCCUAUAUUAAGCUAUUAUAGUUAUAUAUAAAUAUAUACAUAUAUAUAUAUUAUAUAUAUAUACAAAUGAGUGUACAGAACGAAACGAAAGUUUUAGAUAGGAAUGUAAAAAAAAUCUUCUCUUUUUAAUAAUCUCUCGUCUCUCCUCUCCUCUCUUUUUCCCUUCGUCCGUCUCUUUCGUAUACAUGUACACUUUUACGUAUCUAUCUCUUUUCUCUCUCUUUGUCUCUCGUUUUCACUCCCUCGUUAGAAUAUUCACGGAGCAGCCCGGCGUUAUCCCUCGAGUUGUUAGCGAUUAAGGAGCAAACGAUAGUUUAGAGGUUAAGUAAAAAAAAAAUCUUUCUUUUUUGCUGUAUCGACGUGUAAUUUAAAGAUAAAAAAAAGGGGGGGAGGGAGGGAGAUAAAUAUCGUACGAAGACCGAGAAACGAUCCAUCGGCCAUCGAUAAUAGAUCAAAAAACGAGAUGGCCAAAUUUCGAAAAAAAUCCCGAAACCCCGUGAAUUUUAAAAUCGUUUAGCGAUUUUACCUCGUAACUUUCAAAUUUUUGUGUCUCUCUCUCUCUUGUAUCGUAGUCAAAAUAGGAUUUUAAACUCGCGUAACUUUUCUUCCGUACGCGUCGAUCCUCUCUUGGAAGUCGAUGGAGGAUCCAAGGAUCGAUUAAACUCGAUGAAACUUAAGCGAAGGGGAAAGAGAGAUCGAUAGAAAUGUGAUUCUAUCCCAUCAGCGCUCAAUUUGAACGAAUUGUUUAAGUAUUCGUAAGAACGUUCCUCCCUGUGUGAGAUCCUUUCCCGCCUGAUAAUUUCCGAACAAACCUCCUACAUUUGUUAUUUAUCUGUUUUUUCUUGUACGAUACUUGUUCACAUAUCCCUACGAACAUAUCCCUAAUGUAAGAUUCGGAAGGUUUUCGAAAAAAAAAAAAAGAGGAAGAAAUCGAAUCAAUGAUUUAUUCUUGAAUUUUCUCUUGAAUUUAAAAAUAUAAAAAAAUUAGAUAGAAAUUAACUUGAUUAAGUUUAAAUUAAUAAUAUAUCCUCGAGAUAUGGCGUUUAUGUCUCUGAUUUGUCCAAAAUAUGCCGAAUAUCUCGAAAGGUUAAAAAUGAAAAAUAAGAAAAUUGAUAUAAGCGGCGUUAAAUCGUAGAGAUAAAUAAGGAACAACAAACUAGCGAUUUUAAUGAUGUCGAUUAAUCAAAAUACGGAUGUAAUAACACUGUCAAUAUGUAUGUAACGACGAUGAUCUUUUUUUUCGUUUCAACGAUGUAUCUGAUAUAGAGGAUAACUCGAAGAUUUUUAAAAACUGGAUAUCUUUCUGAAUCUUAUCCUUGAUCGUAGAAUAUAUUUUCACACUUAAGAACAAGGUAGAGAGCGAGAGAAAAAAAGGGAGAAACGGUAUAACAGUGCUUCGGCUCUUUGCACUCUUCGAGUAUUCUAAUAUUCUUCCUCUGAAUUGUCGAAGCUGCACGUGAUAUAUAUAUCUACUUACGUGUAAAAAAGAAACAAAUGCAAAAAAAAAAAAAACACUUGUAUGAAUAUCGAGAUGAUAGAAGAAGACAGAACUUUUGAAAAGGAUUUUAUUAUGCGAGUGCAAUAUGAAGAAACGUACAAAGUGUUAUGAUAAGAAUUGAUUUAUUAUGAUAGACCGUCCCUGAGUUGUGUUUAACAAAUUUUAAGGAUCUAUUUUUGAACGACGAGAGUAUCGUUGGAUCGAGUGUUGUAAUAUUUUAUCGUUAAGAGAGAAUGCCUCCUCAGAAUCGUGUUUGGAUUUGAUCGAAAGUAGUGGAAUAAACCUGUUAAUGAUCGGGCACGAGUGCGAAGAGUUGAAGGGAAGAAAUUCAUAAAAUCCAUAUCCAAAUAUCCGUAGAUAAGUCGUUUUCAAACAUGCUGAUACGCACCCAAGUUAGUUUAUUAGAAUGUCUUGUAGAAGAUAACUUAGUGAAACUUUGAAAAUGAAGAAACGAGGAAAAAAAAAAAAAAAAAAAAGAAGUAAAAUUUAUCAAGUUGUAUUCUAUCUGAGGAAAUAUGCCGAGAAAUGGGGGGGGGGGGAAACUUAAGAGCCUAAUUCUGGAAAGUAUGCCAAAUCUUUCGGCAAAUUUAUCAAGCUCUCGCGUAAACAAAAAAAAAAAAAA